AUGGAGCCCUCAUCUAACGUCUCUUCGACACACGCAUCUACUUCGGCAACCCCUUCAACAACCCCUCCUUCGGGGACAAUUUCAAGCGCAGUCUCUGAUGCUGGGGAUCAGUCAAAGCUAAAGAUACUUCUCGGUAUUCUCAAGCGGUUUGUUGGAGUGUCUGAUAUUGCCUCCGUGCGGUUCUCGCUUCCUAGUCAGCUUCUAGAGCCUGUUCCUAACCUAGAAUAUUGGAAUUAUUUGGACCGACCAGAAACCUUCAUUAGCAUCGGCGAUUCGAAUGACGAGCUUGAGCGCUUUUUGGGCGUUUUGAGGUUUUGGUUCACAAAAGAUCUUAAAUUUGUUAAGGGAAAGCCUUGUAAGCCAUAUAACUCGACACUCGGCGAAUUUUUCAGAUGUAGUUGGGAUGUUGAAGCAUCAUUACCACCGGUUUCAGCCUCCCGCCCCGCCUCACGAAGUUCUGCGAAGAGCAAAGCUGCCUCAACCGCUACUACACCCGCGCCAACGCCUACUAAUAAGGCGCCUAUUCGAGUGUCAUUUUUAACAGAGCAGACAUCCCACCACCCUCCCGUCUCUGCAUUUUACAUAGACUGCCCCGAAAAGGGCAUAUCCGCGAGGGGUUAUGAUCAGAUCAGUGCCAAAUUUACUGGAACAUCAAUCAGGGUUACACCCGGUGAACAUAACUUGGGAAUAUUCAUAAACUUGCACAACAGAGGUGAUGAAUGCUAUCGACUGACCCACCCCGCUGCCAGUUUGGGCGGGAUUCUAAGAGGAUCCCUGAACUUAUAUGUCGAGGACGUAUGCUAUGUGACAUGUCCAAAGACCAAGUUGAAAGUUAUUUUGCAAUAUUUAGGUGACUCGUGGCUGGGCAAAGCAAAACAUCGAGUUGAGGGAGUUGUUUAUGAGUACAAUGGUGAAGAGGAUGGCAUAACAAGACUCAAAGACGUACCCAGUAAGGCUAUACGUGCUAAAAUUGAAGGUUCUUGGAUGAACCAACUAUACUAUAUAUUGCCAGGAUCUACAGAAAAAAUACUUCUCAUAGACCUAGACCCUCUAUUGCCAGCAAAUAAGAUUUGCCCGCCACUGGAAGUCAUGCUUCCCAACGAAUCUCGUAAAAUGUGGCAGGCCGUUUCGGAAGCAAUACACGCUAAAGACUACGCUCGCGCCACCCAACUCAAAUGCGAGAUUGAAGAUCGACAGCGAGAAAAGGCUGCAGCCAGGACGGCGGAGAAUAUAGAUUGGAAGCCAAGGUUCUUCGAAGCCCCUUCGUUGUCUGCUGGGCAACCAUCAUUGAGCAAGGACGGAGAGCUGGUGCUGAAGGGAUUGCAUUCUGGGAACUAUGCUUUGAAACCCUCCGAUGUUACCGGAGCCUAA